UGAGCAGCUGCGCUUUCCGAUGCAGCCGGCGCGCCGCCGCCGCCGCUCACUGGUCCGGGGCGCCAAGGUCCGUCCAGAAUUCGCUCCCGAGUGUCCCAUCGUUCGACUCCCCCGGAAACGGCAGCCCGCACCCGCCGCGUUCCGUUACCAGCGUUCCUCCACUGCGGCGGCCUCUGGCGCUGCGCGCAGCGGCCCGCGUGCAGAAUGGAGGCCAAGGGGGAGUCCACGCCGGCCGCCGACGGCGAAUGCUCGGUGUCCGCGGAGGAGACCGAAAAGUGGAUGGAGCAGGCGAUGCAAAUGGCCAAAGAAGCCCUAGAAAAUACUGAGGUUCCUGUUGGCUGCCUCAUGGUCUACAACAAUGAAGUUGUGGGGAAGGGAAGAAACGAAGUUAAUCAAACCAAAAAUGCUACUCGACAUGCAGAGAUGGUGGCCAUCGACCAGGUCCUAGACUGGUGUCAUCGAGGUGGCAAGAGUCCUUCGGAAGUGUUUGAACGCACUGUGUUGUAUGUCACCGUGGAGCCGUGUAUCAUGUGCGCAGCUGCUCUCCGCCUGAUGAAAAUCCCGCUGGUCGUCUAUGGCUGUCAGAACGAACGAUUUGGCGGCUGUGGCUCUGUUCUAGACAUUGCGUCUGCUGAUUUACCGAAUACUGGGAGACCGUUUCAGUGCAUCCCUGGAUAUCGGGCUGAGGAAGCAGUGGAAAUGUUAAAGACCUUCUACAAACAAGAAAAUCCAAAUGCACCAAAAUCAAAGGUUCGGAAAAAGGAAUGCCAGAAAUCCUGAACUUGCUCUAAUGAAGGACUCGUGCCCCUGGACAACAUUCUUGGACUGAAAGCUGUUGACGUCGUUAAAUAAUAUGUUUAUAUAUUGUCCUUAACCCAUGGGAAAUGGUUUCUCAUCAUUUGCUCUGCUAAAGGGACAAAUGAGCACUUUUUAAAACUCUGACAAUGUAAGCAACUCUUAGCUUUUCCACAAGCUGGAAGAACAUUUUUAAGAAGAGGAAAAAUUAAAGAUUGAGGUUUUAGAAAUUAUGAAGCCCUGCCUACUCUUCCUGCCAAAACCAUUAUGCUAGGUCUAGGAAAGGUGACUCUCAGAGAAUGUGUGUCCAGACUCACCUGCGCCACCCUGCAGACGCCUGCUCCAGGCCUGGCCUUUCAGACUCAGACCCUUCCUUCUGUGCAGCCACUAUGUUCUCCCAGGGCAUGGGGAGCUCAUGACUUCUUUGGAAAUUGUAUAUGAAUUGUAUACAUAUAGACCAUGAUUAUAUGGUCCUUAGAACAACUUUUUGCUUUUAUAAAGCACUUAGAGAAAAUACAUACUUUUCAAAUAGUGCUUAAGCGUCAUUUUAAAAUUACAGCAUACUGCUCUAAUAAGACCUUACUUAUGUCUUCUUUGAAGACGAAGUGUCUUAAGAAUAAAAGGUCAGUGCAUACAUGGGACAGUUCUUUGUUGUCAAGCAGUUCCAUUGGGCAGGCUCCUUUCGUUCACUGAAUCAAUGAGCAAAACAAAGAAUUGCCCUUAUGGACCUCGUAGUCUAGCAGGAGGAGACAGAUAAUGAACAUAAUAGAUUACCCAGUAUGUUAGAGGGGGAUAAGAAUUAUGGCAAAAAGAGAACAAGGUAGUGAGGGUUGGGUGUGCCAUUUGGUGGUGGGAAUGCUGGUGGCAGAGUUAAAUAGCAUGGUUAGUUUCAUUUGAAGUCAAACACAGUUAUUUCUUUUUAUGAAAAUCCAGACUUAGAGGGAGUUCCUGUUGUGGCUCAGGUAGUAUGCAUGAGGAUGCAAGUUCAAUCCCUGGCCUCGUUCAGUGGGUUAGGGAUCCGGCAUUGCUGUGAGUUGUGGUUGUAGAUGUGGCUGGGAUCCCACAUGGCUGUGGCUGUGGCCUGCAGCUGCAGCUCUGAUUUGACCCCUAGCCUGGGAACUUUCACAUGCCUCAGGUAUGGCCCUAAAAGGCAAAAAAAAAAAAAAAAAAAAAAAAAAAAAAUCCAGAUUUAGAAUUUCAAAUCUAAAAUGUGAAUGUGUGAGCACAACCCUUGGAAAGGGUAUCCAGCACGAAGUCCCUGAUGGUCACACUUCCUCAUUGCAGCUGGGCUUGCCUCUGAUGUCCUGUAGCUUUGCAGAGCCCCACAGGGAAACUCUGUGUCUGCCCAGAAGAGGGCCUCGCUGUUCCACCAGAAGCCCUGCUCCAGGCCCUGGAGGACAGCUCCUUCUCUGUUGCAUUUAUUCAGUGGAUUCAUUUCCUUGAUGCAAAGCAUCUGUAUUUGUUGGUGUUGCCUUUUGAGCGAUGUCUCUGACUUGUUUGUUUUGAAUUACAUUACAGGCUGGAAUGUAAUUGUGGCAAAAGUAUUUUUGUGGAGCCGAGAGUAGCAGCUGAUCACAGUUACAUGCUUCAGAGGAUUUAUAAUUGCUUGGUUUUGUACAUGUGUGUUUUUAACUGCAUUUGAGAAGCUUUAAGGAAGAGAAUUUGCAUGAUUUUAAUGUGUAAUUGUGUUAUGUGUACCUUCUCUUCAAUUUCACCUACUGUAAAAAUUAUCUUCUCAUUGAGUUUUAGUGCUUUGACUAGUUUAUUCCUUUUUUACUUGGUCACAGUUUAGUUCUGCCCCCUAUGCUUUUCUGCAAGUAGACUUCAUUGCACUUAUUGUCUUAUUUUCUCAGGGAGUAUUUGUAGACAAAAAAAACAAAAAAAAAACCAAAACCUGAAAGCUUUUUUCUGGAGAGUACCACCCAGUAAGUCUGGCCAAGCAUCAUUAUGUCAAGAAUGUUCCUGGUAAACAUUUGUUACAUAAAAGUAUUGAUUGAAAUUUGGGGAAAAAUGAAAAACACCAUGAAAAGGGGACUAUCUAGGAUAAAAAGCCAAAGCCAAAAAUAGUAUCUAGGUAUUUUUUUGGCCAUGCCUGAGGCAUGUAUAAGUUCCUGGGCCAGGGAUUGAACCUGUGCCACAGCUAUAACCAGAGCCACAGCAGUGACAACGCUGGAUCCUUAACCCACUGAGCCACCAGAGGACUCCCAUAUCUGGGUAUUUUAAUUCAGAGAUAGUUUCUACCAAAAGGAUCAAGAUAAUAAUAAAACUAUAAACAGGGAAGGAUAGAAAAGACUUAUCAAUAUACAUGUGUUCUGUCUUUGGUGUAGUUUGGAGUGUGGAUAAGUAUUUCAAAUUCUUAAGGAUGGCUAAAAAUUUUAAUUUGGUUGUUACCGUUUUGAUUCUGUCUCUCUAGGACUAGAUGUAUAGAAGAGUCUCUCCCACAUUGUCGGUCUGAGGCAUAGUUCCCUCCAUUGCUGUGGGGAACAGUCAGUUUGGACGGAGCACUGAAGACCGGAGGGCAGCACCUCCAGCACAGAUACAGGGCCUCUGUCGGGUCACGGCCAUGGAGGCCAUGACAGCAGUUAGCAGUGGUGGUGAGGCAUUGAGGACGUGUGAUGAGGGGAUCCGGCUUCCUGAGUCGCACAUCCUCUGGCUCCUUAGACAUGGCUUCAAAUAUUAAGAUGCUCCAGUUUGAAAAGUGGAAUCCAAUGGACUGAUACCCAUGAAGUGUGUCAAGGACACCAGCUGAGAGGAUCGUUUUGUGUAUGAGUGAAUGUUGCCAGUUGUGGGAUGCACGAAGUUUUUAGAACCACAGCUUUGUUUAGAGAAAUUAGUGGGAAGUGACUGCAUCUAAGUUGUUAGAGUAGCCAGUGUUUACUGGUCUGUGCCCCGGACUCUGCUGGGAAUGGGUGGUGUGUAAUGCUUUGGCAGGCUUCAAUCACUGAUAAAAGAUCAUGUUAAAAUAUCUUUGUGCUUUCCUGUGACUUGGCGCAAGUAUCCCUUCCUGUGUUGUAUUUGGAAUAUCAUGGAGAGAAAACAGAUAGCCAAGAACUUCAGUGUAGGCAAGAACUGUUAAUUUUCCUUUAAACUCUAUUUGGAAAUAAUUUAAGCUUAGAGAAAAGUUGCAAAAAUACCUAUACAUCUUUUAUUUUUUGAACCUAUUAACAUCUUUUACCUUUAGCUUUAUCAUUUGAUCUCUCUUUAUCCUCUCUCUCUCUAAAAUAUGUGUGUGUGUGUGUAUAUAUGUGUGUUUUUCUGACCCAUUUAGUAGAAAGUUAUAUACAUCAUACAUUCUUAUAUGCUUCUUAUAUUACCCUGGCAUAGUUAAUUGACUUCAGUAAAUUUAACAUUAGUAUAAUACUUUUAUUUAAUAUAUCAUUUAUAUUCCGAUUUUGUCAAUUGACCCCAUAACAUCCUUUAGAGAAUUGUCCCCACCCCCCUGUGCAUCGAAUCCAUUUUAAGAUCAGAUAUUGCAUUUGAUUGUCAUGUAUCUUUAGUUUCUUUUGUUUUAGAACAUUUCCACAGCCUUUGCUUCUGUGACAUUGACAUUUUAAAAAUAUUACAGUCCUCUGCCCGCCCCCCUUUCUUUUUUUGUAAGUGUUUCCUUAUGAUUAGAUUAGGUUAUGCAUUCUAGGUGAUGUUAUGUUUUUCUCCGGGUGUCACACCUGGAGGCCCCCAAAGGCCAUCUGUCCCUCUUUAGAGAUGUUAAUUUUGGUCACCUGGUGAAGGCAUUAUCUAAUUUCUUUGCUGUGUAAUUAUUAUUUUUUCUCCCUCCCUUGCAAGGAAUAAGCAGUGUGGGGAGAGGAACUGUUAAAUUUUUAAAAGAAAAUGUACUUGACAUUGAUGGAAAGGAGGGGAAGAAAGUUAAUGAUAUGUAUUUCAAAGCAAUUGUUAAAUUGAUUGCAUUCUUCCUCUUUUAGUAUGUCUGCCAAAAUUUACAAAAUUCUUUUCCUAAUAAUAUUUUAAGUAGGGAUGUCUUAAAAAAAUCAACAGGAAGCCUCAGGCAUAAGCUCUCUUCUAUCUUUUCCUUAGCAAAACCGAUAAUUAUGUCAAUUUAGUUUAAUUUACCUGCAAAGGUAAGGGUUUUGGAAAAAUAAGUCUAAGAUGUUUCUGGUUUCACAGGUUGCUGAGAGUGAUCCAAGAGGAUGUGUAACUCCUCUAUAGGUUGUCAUUUGGCCGUAAAAUGUGAGUUCUCUUGGGUUUCCAUAGAGAUGUCUAGAUUUAAAAUAUUUUAAGCACUGCUACUUUCAAAAUGAGUGUCAGUAAAAAUAGCUAAAGCCAAGGCUCUUUUUAAAAAAUUAUUAAACAUUUUUAAAAAGUAGUGAGGUUCCUGGUUAAAAAUUCAUGUUGAAGCCAAAGCUUGUCCUUCCCAAUCGUUCUGCAUCAACUGGCCUUGAAUAGCCCUGGGGAGAAGAGGCAUCAGGAAUUGCUUUCCCGGCCUUUUGGCAAAGGAAUGAGACUACAUUGACUUCAUCUAUGAAGACAACUGCCAACUAUUUUCCUACUCUGUAAAUUGUUAAUUGUGUGUGGUGAGGAAAGGGGUGAUGGCUGACGCUAUUAUUUUUAUGGGUACGACUGGCAUAGGUUCUGGUGAAAGUUUGACAUCUUCAGAAUCUUAUGUUUUUUCAAGUUGGGCUAAUAAAAACAGGCCCCUGGGAGUAUUUCUCACCUGAUUUGUACAUGACCAUUGGGCUCAAUACCAUGUAUCCAUGACUACUAGGGAGACUUCGUGAUGUGGUUGAAGCCCAUGAACUUGGGCGUCUAGAGCAGGUACUGGCAAGCCCAGCUUGCUGCCUGUUUGGGUACCACUCAUAAGUCAAAUUGAUUUUGUGUCUUUAAAGGGUUGAAAAAAAUCAAAAGGAGAUUUUAAUGACUCGAACAUAUGAAAUUUCAAUUUCAAUGUCUGUAAAUUAAUUUUUAUUGGAACACAGCCAUGCCCAUUUAUUUCCAUAUUGCCCGGGGCUGCCUCUGUGCUACAGUGGCUCAGUCGAGCAGCAGUGACAGAGACCUAUGGUUCCCACAGCCUAAAAUCUUCGGUGUCUGGCCCUUUAGGAAAAUAUUUACUGCCCCCUGGUCUAGAGAAUAUAAAAUGUUGAAGUUGGAUUUCUAAGGUGCUUAUUCAAGUUUUGUGACUUUGGAACUGAAUCAUGUGGUUCAUUGUGCAGCUGUGCUGAAUUGCUUCAGUACCAUGAUUCUUUUUUAAAAGUCAGUUUAUAAAUACAAAAGAGAGAUCCAAGACACUAAAAUAUUUAUUCUGGCUUAAAAUAUUUUGUUUCCAUAUAUACACUUUAAGAGGGUGGCAAGGAGAAAAGAUAAUUUAUCAUUUUAUUUGGGUUUAGAAUAAAAACAUACAUUUUAUUCAUGAUCAUCAUAUAAAAAUAUUAUCAAGUGUGUAUCACUUUUAGGAGCACUUACUAAAAUGUCAGAAAUCUGCUGCACCCUUUAAAAAACCAGGACUUAAACAGAAACUAUCUCCAUGCCACCCCCAUCACUGUGCCUUCCCCAAUUUCCUUGGGGAACAGGUUAGGGAACCCUUUGGUGCUAGUUUGAGGAAAAGACAAAAAAAUAAAUAUGUGUUAGAUAUUUUGUGUAUGUGUUUUUCAACCUGGUGUUGAGCUCAGAACAAAGCCUUAGGUGUAAUAGAUCAAUGUUUUAAUUCUAAACUUCGUGGUGAAGAUUAUUUGAGGCUGACUUCAUGAAGAAGGAGAGACACUUGAGACACUUGCUUCCCUGAAAGGCAGUAGGAUUGGAAAAAGCAGGUGAGCAGGUGUGGGCAGCACACGCACUAUUAGAGUAGGGGGAAGGCAAGGAUGUGAAGCCCAGGGCCGUGAUGCUAGAGUCAAGUUAUGGUUAAGAUCCCCUACUUUCCAAGAAAGAGUCAUUUUUCACCCUCCCUCUCUCUCUCUCUUUCUCUCUCUUUUUUGGCCGUGACCACAGCAUGCAUAUGUUUCCAGGCCAGGGGAUCGAACCUGUGCCACAGCAGGAACCAGAGUCACGGCAGUGACCAUGUCAGAUCCUUAACCUGCUGAGCCACCAGGGAACUCCCUCCUCUUUCUGAUGCGAGUGAUUUCAUACUUGUUCCUGGAAUAUGUGUGGUUUGGGGUCGGGGAUGGCUAGGGACAAGGGUUCUGGCCCUACCGUCACCGAAGUACGGAGUCCGGAGUCACAUGUCACUAGGCAAGGGCUGUGGGGAUGUGAGUGUGUCAGUAAGCAGAAGCUAACAUUUACAUCAGUAUGUGCCAGGCUCUAUUCGUAUGCUGCCUCAUUAAUCCUCACAUCAGUCCUAUGAGUCAGGAGUUAUUCUCUCCACUUCACAUCAAGGAAACUGAGGCAUGGGGAGGUUAAGUAACCUGUCCAGGGUUGCGGAGCACUAAAUGAUCGAAUCAGUCAGAACGGGCUGGUUUAUGCCACGGGAACAACCUUCACGUUUUAGUGACUUGGGAAAAAGUGUAAUUCUCUCAUGCCGCACCUCUUGUCCAUCUCAGGUCAGGCCACGGGCUUGGGCUGCCAUCUGGAACCUCCUUGGUCCCUCUGGUGGGGAGAGAAGAGGAGAUGGCCAGCAGGGCUCUGGUAUCAGAACACAGCUUCCCAUUCAAUGUGUAGAUGAAUCGCCUGGGGAGCUUGAUGAAUGCACGCUGUGACUCAGAAGCUCCGGGAUGGGCCUGAGAUUCCACAAUUCCAGCAAGCUUCUAGGUGAUUCCUACGUUGCUGGACCAUGGACCACUCUUGAGGAAGGAGGGCUUUCCUGGCUGUUACCCAGAAGUGCCUCAUCACUGCUGCUCACGGGAGAAUUAAAGUAAAUCACAUGCACAUGCCAACUUCAAGGUGGCAGGAAAUGUAACCCAAACUCUACCUCAGGAGGAGGAGAAAUGGGAAUGCUUGUGAACAGCCCUCAUGAAGAGCAAAAAGCAUGAAGCUAGGAUAUGAAUUCAGACAGGGGUCUCCAGGGUGCUCUUAAUCAUCACUCCGCGGGGUCCUGGUGUGAGUCCAUUCACUGCGGAGAAAAGGAAGCACCGUGGCGGGCCGCUGGCGGGGUAGCCCUCAAGACUGAUCAGUUGCAAUUGACUUGUGUGACAAGAGUUGGGUGUCCCGGGCUGCUUCCUGUCAAAUGCAGCAGUUCUCAACAUGGUGUCGCAACUGUGAGAUGUUUCAAUCCAUUUUCUUAGUAAUGUGCUGACAUCUCUGAAUUAUUUAUUGCUUUAUUAUUUAAAGCAUACCUUAGAGUGGAGUCAAGUCUGUCCCUAUUACAUUCUCUCUCAUCUAAUAUUCUUCCAUGCUUUCUUGUUUUGGAGAAGGGGUGAGGUUAAAGACAGCAUCCAGGAAAUUGUGCAUGAGCCUGGGGACACCCACGGGUGUGUGUCCACACACCAUUCAUCAUGUGUGUUUGCUGCAAGUGCUGGAGGUGCUGGUCUGGAGGAGUCCUGGGCUUGUCAGCACAGCAAACUCCUUUCCCAGCUGGUGGUGGCUGAGAAGCAGCUUCUCGGAGCCUGAAGCCUAUACAGUUGCCUGGGAACUUCUGAGAUGGAAUUGUGGGACUGAGUUGGGAUUCACAUUAGAGUCUCUCUGUUUUGACUGCACCUGUGGCAUGUGGAAGUUCCCCAGUCAGGCACUGAACCUGAGCCACAGCAGUGACAAUGCUGGAUCCUUAACUGCUAGGCUACUAGGGAACUUCAUGUUGAGAGUCUUUAAAAGGAGAAAAGAGACCUGUGUUCUUUACAGCAUAGUGUCUAGUAAAUGUCACACCCCGUUUGAGCUCCCAGUACCACAGUAAGGCCAUGUUAACAAGAGAUGGACUAACUGUGGUAUUGGGAGCUCAAAGGAGCAGGCUGCUUUGCUAUUGGUUCCCAGGCUUAAGUGUAGAUGAACUGGUUUGAAACAUGGUUUGAAGCAAAGCCUCAUCCACCUUUUGGAAAACCUGACCUGCGAGUGAGACUUGGAAAGAAAUAAGGUUGUUCUUCCUCCAUUUAAAAAAAAAAAAAAAAAAA